UAGUAAAUUUGUUUUCUCUCUUUCCUUUAAUACAGGUAGAUUUUCACCGAGCAUAUGAGUAUUUCUAUGCGUAUUUUUGAAAAAGAAACUAAUAAUAUUUUUGAAAAAGAACCUAAUAUAUUCUUCCAAACGCGUAUGUAGGUAAUUAAGUUACGUGAACGAGCCGAACUAAUGCCCAACAAAUCGAGUUAACUGGCAAAGUAAUACGAUUACUGGAGCAGCGGAGUAGACGAUCCUGAGGCUUCUUUUGUGUUGUCGGAAAUCGUUCGACAGUUUUCACAUGUCGAACGUCGGUCGCGUUUGGUUUCCACACUUUCUGAGGCGUUGGUGAAACUUUGUGUCACUGACAGGAAGAGAAAAAUGGGUAAGGAAGACGCCGAGACUACGGCUUUGAAGAAAGAACUAGAGGACCUUAUCAACAAAUGCAAGGAAGAACAAAAGAAGCAGCAGGAUACGACAUUGGAACAAGCGUGCGGUGGAGUUGCUGAUGCUCCGAAAGUUAGACUGUCAACUAAAAAGCUAUUGAAAGGGCAUAUUAAUAAAGUCAACUCGGUACACUUCAGUGGUGAUAGUCGACACUGUGUAACCGGAUCAUUAGACGGGAAGUUGAUCAUCUGGGACACGUGGACCGGCAACAAAGUGCAGGUCAUCCCGUUGCGUUCGGCCUGGGUGAUGUCGGUGGCUUUCGCGCCGACCGGCAAUUUCGUCGCGUGCGGUGGAAUGGAUAACAUGUGCACCGUCUAUGACGUGAACAAUCGUGACGCCACGGGAUCUGCCAAGAUCAUGAGAGAGCUUCUGGGUUACGAGGGGUUUCUGUCAUCCUGCAGGUUCCUCGAUGACAAAAAGAUCAUCACUGGAUCCGGCGAUAUGAAAAUUUGCAUAUGGGAUCUCGAGGCCAAUAAGAAAACGACGGACUUUGAGGCGCACGCGGGCGACGUGGUGAGCAUCAGCCUGUCUCCCGACGGCAACACUUACGUCACCGGCUCGGUCGACAAAACCUGCAAACUGUGGGACUUGCGGGAAGAGAAAGCCAAACAGACAUUCUUUGGUCAUGAGGCUGACGUAAACUCCGUUUGUUAUCAUCCCUCCGGACAAGGUUUCGUAACAGCUUCCGAGGACAAGACCGCGAGACUGUGGGACUUCAGAUCCGAUCAACAGUUAGCCACCUUUAAGCCGCCGAGCUCGAACCCUGGAUUUACAUCGUGUGGUUUGUCUUUGAGCGGCAGAAUCAUAUUUUGCGGCAGUGACGACAAUUCUAUUCAUAUAUGGGAUACGUUGAAAAAUCAACAUAAUGGUGUCUUAUCUGGUCAUGAGAACAGAGUGACGUCGCUCAGUGUCUCUGGCAAUGGGAUGGCAGUGGUCAGCUGCUCCUGGGAUCAGCAUGUUCGAGUUUGGGUGUGAAUAUAUGUAACAUAUUCAAUUCAUUAUGUUACAAGGAAGACAAAAAGAGCCAGAGCUGUCGAAGCAAUCGAUAAGAAAAACACGCUCUGAACAAGAUGUAUUACUAAAAAUAUAUUGAUGUUGUCAAUCGAUUUUUCUUUUCACGAAGCUUGUGCAGCAAUUAACUUCUAUCAUCUUAAUUAAUUUCUACUAUCAAGUUGCUGCCUUUAGUCUAUAAUUAUGUAAUUGAUCCUAAUCCGCGUUAAAAUGGAUUUACAAUUUGCGUCCAUUAAAAAUUAAGAGAUAGAAGAAACAUGAACUUUUUCAGUGACAUGAAUUCUAGAUUUAGAAAUCCUGCAUGUUAGAAAUAAAUGUUUACUUAAUGAGUAAUUGCAUUAAAUACGUGAGUUGUAUAAAAUCUAAUAAAAAUUUCCUUACCGUUCUUUAAAUC